CUUCUUAAUAAUACACCUCUUUAUUAAUUUAUUUUUCUCACUACACUUCACUCUCUCCUCCUAUAUAACCCCUCACCACACUUCCUCCAUAGCUUUCUUCAAUCAUAACUAAUUCAAUUGCAAUUCAAGUUUUCUUCAACAACUUUCCAAAUUCUCCAAUGCUUCAAUUUCUCACCUUCAUCUUCUUUUUCUUCUCAUCAAUUUCACCAAAUCAUAUCUUUUUCUCUAAUUCGCGCAUUUUCAUCUCUCUCUGUUUUCCUUAAACAUCAUCAAAUUAAUUAAUUUCGAACCAUCCUCAAAUUUUAAAAUGAACUAUCUGUAUCCAGUGAAAGAGGAGUAUUUGGAAUUCGAAGCAACCUCGUCAACAUCAAUGGUUGGUGUUCCACGACCAAUGGAGGGUCUUCAUGAAGUUGGACCGCCACCAUUUCUAACAAAAACUUUCGAUGUUGUUGAGGAUCCCACAACGAGUCACAUAGUUUCAUGGAACAGAGACGGUGUUAGCUUUGUUGUUUGGGAUCCAAAUGCUUUUUCCAGAGACCUUCUUCCUAGAUACUUCAAACACAACAAUUUCUCAAGUUUUGUUCGACAAUUAAACACUUAUGGAUUUAGAAAAAUCGAUCCUGAAAAAUGGGAGUUUGCGAACGAAGGAUUUCUGAGAGGGCAUAAGCAUCUUUUAGCGAACAUUAAGAGAAGGAGACAAACUUCACAACCUAGUAUUUCAUCUUCAUCUUCUUCUUCUCAACAACCAUCAUUUGGUCUUGAAGUUGGUCGUUUUGGAUUAGACGAAGAAAUCGAUCAUUUGAAACGCGAUAAACAAGUGUUAAUGAUGGAGCUUGUGAAGCUGAGACAGCAACAGCAGAAUACGAGAUCUUGUCUUCAAGCUAUGGAGGAGAGGCUUAGAGGGACAGAGAUUAAGCAGCAACAGAUGAUGGCUUUUUUGGCUAGAGCUAUGAGAAAUCCUGCUUUUAUUCAGCAGUUGCUUCAGCAUAAGGAAAGGAGAAAGGUGAUUGAAGAAGAUGUUACUAAGAAGAGGAGAAGGCCUAUUGAGUAUGGAGAAUCAAGCAAUAGUGUUGAAUUCGGGUUUGAAGUGUCGGAGUUGGAGGUUCUGGCUAUGGAAAUGCAAGGUCUUGGUAGAGGUGGUGGAGAACAAGAGGAAGAGGAAGAUAAUGAGGUAGGUUUUGCAGCAGUUGAUUGGACAAGAAUCUCUGAUAGUUGAUAGAGAUGAUUAUUUACUCUCAAGAUUGAUUCAGAAGAUGUAGAAUGGUUGGUACGAAGUAGCUGAUGAUCAAGAAUCAUAACUGAAUUUGGUUUUUGAAUGAAGAUCCUAAUGGUGGUUAACCUUGUUGUCGGUUUGAUAUAUUUCUUCCCUAUGAACUUUACAAUUGCUUGUACUUUUGUCAUGUGGUGAGAAAUAAAGAGAGACAUAUCCAUCAACGAAUUUCAUGAUGUUACAUAAUAGAAUGUAGUGUUUUGUUAUAAGGUAGGUGUCUUCAUGUGUUGAAGAUUCCUUUCUCAUUUGAGAAACCAAUAUGUAAAAAAUCAUUGGGGACAAAAAUGAGUGAAUUGUAUUUAGAGUGGAGAGAAAAUUAUAUAAUUAAAGAUGUUGAAUGAGAGGUUGAUAUUAGAGAAAGAGAGAAUAUUAAUUUUGUUGAA